AUGUUGUUACUGGUUGCCUUCUUUACGCAUUUCCUGGUUUCAUCGCUGAGCAGUGCGGAGGCGGGGCCCCCGUCGUCGUCGGCAACGGCCACCAGGUGGCGCGAGCUGCAGGGCAACAACUCGUGGAACGGCCUCCUGGACCCGCUGGACAUGGACCUCCGCAGGUCCAUCAUCUCCUACGGCGAGCUGGUGCAGGCCACCUACGACGGCUUCAACCGAGAGCGGCGGUCGCCGCACGCCGGCGCGUGCCUGUACGGCCGCGCCGACCUGCUGCCCGGCGUGGGCGUGGCCGCCGCGGGCCGCUACGCCGUCACCAGGUUCGUCUACGCCACGUCGGCGCUGCCCGUGCCGGGGUCGGACUUCCCGCUCCUGCCGCUGCCGGAGACCAGGGAGGCGUGGAGCAGGGAGUCCAACUGGAUCGGGUACGUCGCGGUGGCCACCGACGAGGGCGCGGCCGAGCUCGGGAGGCGCGACGUCGUCGUGGCGUGGCGCGGCACCGUGAAGGACCUGGAGUGGGCCAACGACUUCACCUUCACGCCGGUGUCGGCCGUGCCCGUGCUGGGCUCCGCCGCCGCCGCCAACCCCUUGGCCGUGGUGCACCAGGGCUUCCUCUCCGUGUAUCAACUGUCAAGCUUAACUCUAACCACGUCCUGCAACGCCGACUCCAGGUUCAACAAGGCCAGCGCCAGAGACCAGGUUCUCGAGGAGGUGAGGAGGCUGAUGGAGUUGUACAAGGGCGAAGCGACGAGCAUCACCGUCGUCGGCCACAGCCUCGGCGCUGCGCUCGCCACGCUGAACGCCGUUGACAUCGCCGCCAACGGCCUGAACGAAGGCUCCGGCUCCUCCCAGCAGCUGCCGUGCCCGGUGACGGCGAUCCUGUUCGCCUGCCCGCACGUCGGGGACCGUUUCUUCCGGGCCGCCUUCGUCGGGUCCUUUCGGGACCUGAGGGCCCUCCACGUGAGGAACGCCGGCGACGUCGUGCCUUUGGUCCCGCCGCUCGCGUACGUGGACGUGGCCGUGGCGGUGCUGCCGAUCGACACGAGCCGGUCGCCGUACCUGCGGUCGCCGGGCCCGGCGGGGACGCUCCACAACCUCGAGUGCUACCUGCACGGCGUGGCCGGCAAGCAGAGCAGCGCCGCCGGAGGGUUCAGGCUGGAGGUGGACCGCGACGUGGCGCUGGUGAACAAGGGCGCCGACGCGCUCAGGGACGAGUACCCGGUGCCGGCGAACUGGUGGGUGCCAGAGAACAGGUGGAUGGUCAGGGGCUCCGAGGGCCACUGGAUGCUCAAGGACUUCGAGGAAAUCUAAAUCGUAUACAUGCAUGCCAAGCUUAACUUGAGAAAAUGGGCAUAUAUUCAACACCGAUGACAUUUUAUUUCCAACCCUGAUGGACUUUAGUUCAUUACGAUAGAUGGUCCUGACCAAUUUGGCUAUAUUCACGCACCCUGUAU